AUGACAAUCGGGGCCAAAAGGCCACGGCCGGCCCUGCAAAAGGGUCUGGACCGUGACGUUUAUCUCAUAUUGAAGAAGCUAGAAGAUACCAACAACGACGGCAAACCUUUCAAAACGACAACAGCCGUGUACGAAGCCAUCAAAAGGUCAAACACAACCCUUAGCCGACAGAAAAAGCGCCCUCUUGAAGAUUCGAUUGAUCGCGCGCUUCAAUGCCGCAAGGAUGAACUAGGAAACGAUUCGAGCGAUUCAGAAGCUGAUCUCGAAGAGCCGCCCAAGCCCGACGAUGACCGCUUCCUUCUUAAUAGGCAGAUGACGAAGCAUUGGCACCAGAACUCUACAGCAGCCACCACAGCGGCCAGCACUCCAGCUUCUCAAGAAGCCACGCCUCAAAACCCGAGCGAGGCGGCACGCGCCGUCAAGAAGCGUCGUGUACAAGAAGAUGGGGAGGAACGCGCAAAAGACGGUGCUGUUACACCAAAGGGCGCAUUGACGGAUACCGAUGCGCCGCCAACGGAAAAGCAGGAGAAGACGCCCUUAAAAAAGACGCAAAAAUCGAGCCGCUACAAGAUCGAACAUCCUUCUAAUGCGCUACAAAUCGGGGGUGUGAGAGACAUCUACACAGCACUCUGCAAGCAAACACACUUCCUUCUGAAAAAGCCGGAGUACUAUACUCACCACAACUUGCGCAAUGUGCCGGGUAUUCUUCUUUCAGGUCCUCCAGGAAUAGGAAAGAGGUCUUUGGUUAGAUACCUUGCAUCAAAGAUUGAAGUCCCAAUCGUGUCACUCACCGGAUGUUUUGAAGAUUCUGAGCGCAUGGAACGAAGCCUGAACGAUGCGAUCGAAGAAGCUAUGAGGUUGGCCCCUUGCAUCAUCUUCAUUAGAAAAUUGGACUGGUUCAUAUCAAAUCCUGGAAGCAAAAGCCACAGUGACAGCCAUCGCCGAAACUUGAUUCAGUUCGAGCGACAGAUGGAACGAAUACAGGCGGAACAUGACAAGGAUAGACCCAUUCUUGCCAUGGCUACGACAUCACGAGUCACUGAUGUCGACCCUGACGUUUUGAGGGCAGGCCUAUUUGAACGCACAGUUCAAAUGCGGAUACCAGACCCCGAGGGCCGCGAAGAUAUCCUUAGACUGCUCACGAAGGACAAGAACCUGUCUGAAGACGUCGACUUCAAGGAGUUGGCCAAGAUAACACAUGGGUUUGUCGGAGCUGAUAUUCUCAAUGUUUUGACCCUCGCAGAGCAAGAGGCGACAGAGCGUGAUAUGGAUCUCAGCCUGUACCAGCGACAUCUCGACGAAAGGUUUUCUAUGGACCAACCGCUCCCAGACCUUAUGGAGCUUGAGGAUACGCAACCCUCUGGCCUCAAUCCAGAGCUAAGCAUUAAUCCUAUUACACAGCAAGACUUUAAGACAGCUAUCAAAAACUUUGUGCCUUCUCUACGAAAGGACGGUUUCACCGUUGUGCCCAACAUCACUUGGGAUCAAGUCGGUGCCCUUCAGGCCGCUCGCAGACAGCUCGAAUUAUCCAUCAUUGGCCCCAUUCGAGACCCUGACCGUUACCGCCGUCACGGUCUUCGCCGCCCGGCAGGCUGCCUUCUCUGGGGUCCUCCUGGGUGCGGAAAAACACUUGUCGCACAGGCUGUUGCCAACGAAGCUCAAGCGAGUUUCAUUCUGAUUAACGGACCGGAGCUUCUCAACAAGUACGUCGGUGAAUCAGAGCGCGCUGUGCGUGAGCUUUUUAACCGCGCACGCUCGUCCACUCCAUGCAUCCUCUUCUUCGACGAGAUGGACUCCCUCGUCCCUAAGCGUGACAACGCCUCCACCGAGGCUGGUACCCGCGUCGUCAAUGCUCUUCUUACUGAACUCGACGGUGUGCAAGACCGCACAGGUGUAUACGUCAUCGGCACAACCAAUCGCCCGGAUAUGAUAGACCCUGCUAUGCUCCGUCCUGGUCGCCUCAACGUCCGACUCUUCCUCGAUCUACCCUCCCCCGACGAGCGAGUCGAUAUCCUGCGUGCCAUCUACCGCACAAGCCACCCCGAUGCAAAGCCCGUUGAAUUUGAGAGACUCGAGGCUGUAGCUCGUGACCCUCGCUGUACUGACUUUAGCGGUGCUGAUUUGGGAGGGCUGCACGACAAGGCAGCCGAGAGCUCACUUGAGCGAGAGGCACAAAAGCCCGAAUCUGAAUCGGGUAUUGACGAAGUAGAUUGGGAAUAUGCAUUGUCAACGACCUAUAGAAGUGUGACAAACCCAGAGACGUACAGGAAGUUGGAAGCCAAGAUGAGGAAGUCAUAA